AUGGCGCCUUCUCUGCGACCCCUCGCCCGGCUGCGGCAGCCAGGGAUGCUGCUCCGCGCGCUCCUGCUCCUCGGCUCCAUUCCAGGAGUGUGGUGCUUUAGUGAACUGUUUUUUAUAAAAGAACCACAGGAUGUAACUGUCACAAGAAAGGAGCCAGUGACUUUAGAUUGCCAGGCUCACGGAGAAGUUCCCAUUAAGGUCACAUGGUUGAAAAAUGGAGCAAAAGUAUCUGAAAAUAAACGGAUCCAGGUUCUGUCUAAUGGCUCUUUAUACAUCACUGAGGUAGAAGGCAAGCGAGGAGAACAAGCUGAUGAAGGAUUUUAUCAGUGCUUGGCAAUGAACAAGUAUGGAGCCAUUCUUAGUCAAAAAGCUCAUCUUACCUUAUCAACUAUUUCCUUAUUUGAAGUCCAGCCCAUUUCUACUGAGGUCCAAGAAGGUGGAGUUGCUAGAUUUGCUUGUAAGAUUUCAUCAAACCCUCCUGCCAUUAUAACUUGGGAAUUAAAUCGGACAACCCUACCUGUAACUAUGGACAGGAUAACAGCCCUACCCACUGGAGUAUUGCAGAUCUAUGACAUUAGCCAAAAGGAUGCUGGAAAUUAUCGUUGUGUUGCUACUGCGAUAGCCCACAGACGUAAAAGUAUGGAGGCUUCUCUAACAGUGAUUCCAGCUAAGGUGUCCAAAUCCUUCCACACACCAACUAUUAUAGCAGGCCCACAGAACAUAACGACAUCUCUUCAUCAGACUGUUGUUUUGGAAUGUGUGGCCACAGGAAAUCCCAAACCAAUCAUUUCUUGGAGUCGCCUUGAUCACAAAUCCAUUGAUGUCUUUAAUACGCGGGUACUUGGAAAUGGUAAUCUCAUGAUAUCUGAUGUCAAACUUCAACAUGCUGGAGUAUAUGUCUGUCGAGCAACUACUCCGGGCACACGCAACUUUACAGUUGCCAUGGCUACUUUAACUGUGUUGGCUCCUCCUUCAUUUGUUGAAUUGCCAGAAAGUUUAACCAGGCCUCGAGCUGGCACUGCUCGAUUUGUAUGUCAGGCAGAAGGUAUCCCCUCACCCAAAAUGUCAUGGCUGAAGAAUGGAAGGAAGAUACAUUCAAAUGGUAGAAUUAAAAUGUACAACAGUAAACUAGUAAUUAACCAGAUUAUUCCUGAAGAUGAUGCCAUUUAUCAGUGCAUGGCUGAGAACAGUCAAGGGUCUAUUUUAUCUAGAGCCAGAUUGACUGUAGUAAUGUCAGAAGACAGACCCAGUGCUCCCUAUAAUGUACAUGCUGAAACCAUGUCAAGUUCAGCCAUUCUUUUAGCUUGGGAAAGGCCACUUUAUAAUUCAGACAAAGUCAUCGCUUAUUCUGUGCACUACAUGAAAGCAGAAGGUUUAAAUAAUGAAGAGUAUCAAGUAGUCAUCGGAAAUGACACAACUCAUUAUAUUAUUGAUGAUUUAGAACCCGCCAGCAAUUAUACUUUCUACAUUGUGGCAUAUAUGCCAAUGGGAGCCAGCCAGAUGUCUGACCAUGUGACACAGAACACCUUAGAGGAUGUUCCCCUGAGACCUCCUGAAAUUAGUUUGACAAGUCGAAGUCCCACUGAUAUUCUCGUCUCCUGGCUACCAAUCCCAGCCAAAUAUCGAAGGGGCCAAGUGGUGCUCUAUCGUCUGUCCUUCCGCCUAAGUACUGAGAAUUCCAUUCAAGUUCUGGAGCUCCCAGGGACCACACAUGAAUACCUUUUAGAGGGCCUGAAACCAGAUAGUGUCUACCUGGUGAGGAUUACUGCUGCCACCAGAGUGGGACUGGGCGAGUCAUCAGUAUGGACCUCACACAGGACACCUAAAGCUACAAGUGUGAAAGCCCCAAAGUCUCCAGAGUUGCAUUUGGAACCUCUCAAUUGUACCACUAUUUCUGUAAAGUGGCAGCAGGAUGUUGAGGACACAGCAACCAUUCAGGGGUACAAGCUUUACUACAAAGAAGAGGGGCAGCAGGAAAAUGGUCCCAUUUUUUUAGACACCAGUGACCUUCUUUAUACGCUCAGUGGUUUAGACCCCAGAAGAAAAUACCACGUGAGAUUGCUGGCCUACAACAUAGAAGAUGGCUAUCAGGCGGACCAGACAGUCAGCACCCCAGGAUGUGUGUCUGUUCGUGAUCGCAUGGUUCCUCCUCCACCACCACCCCACCAUCUCUAUGCGAAGGCUAAUACCUCAUCUUCCAUCUUCCUGCACUGGAGGAGGCCUGCCUUCACCACUGCACAAAUGAUUAACUACACCAUCCGCUGUAACCCUGUUGGCCUGCAGAAUGCUUCUUUGGUUCUGUACCUUCAAACAUCGGAAACUCACAUGUUGGUUCAGGGUCUAGAACCAAACACCAAAUAUGAAUUUGCUGUUCGAUUGCAUGUGGAUCAGCUUUCCAGUCCCUGGAGCCCUGUUGUCUACCACUCUACACUUCCAGAAGCACCAACAGGCCCACCAGUUGGAGUAAAAGUGACACUGAUAGAGGAUGACACUGCUCUGGUUUCCUGGAAACCCCCUGACAGCCCAGAGACAGUGGUAACUCGCUAUACCAUCUUGUAUGCUUCCAGAAAGGCCUGGAUCGCAGGAGAGUGGCAGGUCCUACACCGAGAAGGGGCAAUAACUAUGGCUCUGCUAGAAAACCUGGUGGCAGGAAAUGUGUACAUUGUGAAGAUAUCUGCAUCCAAUGAAGUGGGAGAAGGACCUUUCUCAAAUUCUGUGGAGCUGGCAGUCCUUCCAAAAGAAAAUUCUGAAUCAAAUCAGAGACCUAAGCGGUUAGAUUCUGCUGAUGCCAAAGUUUAUUCAGGCUACUACCAUCUUGACCAGAAAUCAAUGACUGGCAUUGCUGUUGGUGUCGGCAUAGCUUUGACAUGCAUCCUCAUCUGUGUUCUCAUCUUGAUAUACCGAAGUAAAGCCAGGAAAUCAUCUGCUUCCAAGAUAGCACAAAAUGGAGCUCAACAGUUAUCUCGUACCAGUACCUCCCUAGCCAGUGGAAAUGAAGUAGGAAAGAACCUGGAAGGAGCUGUAGAAAAUGAAGAAUCCUUAAUGCCAAUGAUAAUGCCAAACAACUUUAUUGAUGCUAAGGGAGGAACUGACCUGAUAAUAAAUAGCUAUGGUCCUAUAAUUAAAAAAAACUCUAAGAAAAAAUGGCUUUUUUUCCAAGAUUCUAAGAAGAUAAAAAUUGAACAGCCUCAAAGAAGAUUUACUCAAGCAGUCUGCUUUUACCAACCAGGCACUACUGUAUUAAUCAGUGAUGAAGAGUCCCCCAGCUCUCCAGGCCAGACAGCUAGCUUCUCAAGACCCUUUGGUGUUGUAGCUGAUACUGAGCAUUCAGCAAAUAGCGAAGGCAGCCAUGAAACUGGGGAUUCUGGAAGAUUUUCCCAGGAGUCCAAUGAUGAAAUACACCUGGCCUCAGUUAUAAGUACAACACCCCUGACCUCCAAUUCCUUCGCUGGCAGUGAGUCAGGGGGGGAUCCCUCAGAGAGGAAAUGUGAAGAACCUGCAUUGCCAUUGGAUGCUGAGCAAACUACAUCCCCUUCUGCUGUGCAACCACCAUCUGCCGUCCUCUGCUAUGACAAAAGUGAUUUUCCAAUCUAG